GGGAGAAGCCUUAUGUCUGUGGGGAGUGUGGGCGAAGCUUCAGUCAGAAGUCAAAUCUCAUCUCACACCAGAGGACACACACAGGGGAGAAGCCCUAUGUUUGCAGGGAGUGUGGGCAAAGCUUCAGUGAUCAGUCAAAUCUCAUCUCACACCAGAGGACACACACAGGGGAGAAGCCCUAUGUUUGUGGGGAGUGUGGGCAAAGCUUUGGUCAGAAGUCAGUCCUCAUCAGACACCAGAGGACACACACAGGGGAGAAGCCCUAUGUUUGCAGGGAGUGUGGGCGAAGCUUCAAUGCUAAGUCAGUCCUCAUCACGCACCAGAGAACACACACAGGGGAGAAACCUUAUAUUUGCAGGGAGUGUGGGCAAAGCUUCAGUCAGAAGGCCCAUCUCAUCAGACACCAGAGGACAAACACAGGGGA